CUAGACCUCUGUCCCAAAUCAGAAAAGAAUUUUACAAACUGUGCUUUCCUCUCGGGGAGCCCCCACCACGGCGUAACCCAGCAGGCAGGAAUGGCACACGUGCAGGAAAAUGAGAUCAAAAGCCUUACCAGGUGGUGUCAGGAUCAGCAUCUGACAGUAUUCUUGGGAGAAGGGGCGCCAGCCUCUCCUGACCUGCUGUGCGCUCUGCCAAAGUCUUCGCUCGACCCCGCACAUCUUGCUCCGUUCCCUAGUCCAGAUCCCAGCUGGAGGGGCCAGCUGCAGCCACCCCUAAGAAUGAGGAAAGGGAGCGGGGUGGGGGGCUGGGUUCUUUGUUGGCAGUUGCCGUGGCUUUGCUCCGAGUUCUGGAGCCAAACCGCCCACUCCCUGAGACGGCUAGGUCACAGAAGCAGUGGGUCAGAAGCCAGAGGGGACGUGGGGAGUGCCACCCUGGAGCCUACCGGCACACCUGCUGAGAUGGAGGCCUCAGAUGGGCAAGGGGGUGAAGGGGACAAGCCACUAGAGAAGGUGACAAAUGUGUCAUGCCUGGAGACAAGCUCCAGCGCCAGCCCUGCUAGAGACUCGCUCAUGCGCCAUGCCAAGGGCCUGGAUCAGGACACCUUCAAAACUUGUAAAGAAUACCUAAGACCGCUGAAGAAGUUCCUGCGAAAGUUGCACCUGCCCAGGGACCUUCCCCAGAAGAAGAAGCUGAAGUACAUGAAGCAGAGCCUUGUGGUCCUAGGGGACCACAUCAACACCUUUCUGCAGCAUUACUGCCAAGCCUGGGAAAUCAAACACUGGAGAAAGAUGCUCUGGCGGUUCGUCUCCCUCUUCUCGGAGCUGGAAGCAAAGCAGCUUCGCCGACUUUACAAGUACACCAAGAGCAGCCAGCCGGCCAAGUUCCUGGUGACAUUCUGCGCCUCGGAUGCGCCGGAGAGGUCCUUGCUGGCCGACCGGGAAGACAGUCUGCCCAAGCUCUGCCAUGCAUGGGGGCUGCACAGCAACAUCAGCGGCGUGAAGGAGCGGCUGUCCAACAUGCAGACCCCAGGCCAAGGGAGCCCCCUGCCUGGGCAGCCAAGAUCCCAGGACCAUGUCAAGAAAGAUUCUUUAAGGGAGCUUUCUCAAAAACCAAAACUCAAGAGAAAGAGGAUAAAGGAAGCCCCAGAAACUCCAGAGACCGACCCGUAAGAAGACCAGCUGGGACAAAGGGCCCGCUUGUCCUGGCUCUCAGAGCACGGGGAAUGGAGACCAAAAAGGGAAAAGAAUUGUCCUUAUCAAAAGGAUUCUCAGGUCUUAAUUAGGAAUAAAUGAGGUGGGAAAUAAACAUUCUUAUGACAGUUCUACCUUA